AUGUCAAAUCCGAAAUCAAAGGCAAGACUAUAUUUCAAGGAGUCCCUGCCCAAAAAUUUUACCCCUACAAGGCCAAUACCGCCUCUCAAGCUGGCUUCUCUUAAAAAUACUUCUAAAGUAAUUUCCAGUACUACAGCUCGAAUUAAAAAUUCAGCGGACUCUUAUAAUGACUCUCAAUCAUUCCCAAAGCAGACAGCACCAACUUAUGAAACUAAAAUUAAUCAUCAUAGAUCUUCAUCAGUUAUUCACAUAAUGCCAUCACUAAAAGCUUCAAUAAGUUCUGUUUCCCAAGCUGUUUUAAAAGGUUCAUGGAAUUCAAUGAGUCUUCCUAUUUCAGCUGGAAUGACUUUGCAACUUUUUCGCAGUGAACUUACAGAUCUAGAACAAAGUGAAAUUUUAAGCUUCCCGAAAGUAUUUUUUAUUGGAUUUGGAGUAGAAAAACUGAAACCUGACAGAGAUCCGCAGCAUAAUUUUGGGUUUGAUGAUGAAAGAAGUGAUUAUAUUUUGGUCAAAGGAGAUCAUAUAGCAUAUCGGUAUGAAAUUAUUCAAAUUCUAGGAAAAGGGUCGUUUGGGCAGGUUAUCAAAGCUUAUGAUCACAAAGAAAAAGAAGAAAUUGCUUUGAAAAUCAUAAGAAAUAAACAAAAAUUUCAUAAUCAAGCAAAUAUUGAGGUGCAAGUUUUAAAAGUGCUAACUCCCUCCCUCCGUGAUCAAACAAAACCAUUGGAAAAAACCCUUUUUUUGCCCAAAACUCACCCUCCGUAAGCGAACAAAAAUUUUUUAUGAAAAAAUAAUUGAUAUAUAAGUGAAUACUAGUAUCAUGAAAUUUCUAACUAAUUCUGUUUAAUUUUAAACAAAUUGCGUUUUAAAGCAUAAAUUUUACAAAUUAAAUUAAUAUUUGCUUUCCAAUUUUUGUGAAGUGGGAUUUUUAAAAUUUCGAAAAAAAAAAUAAAUCACCCUCCGUGAGCGAACAAGAUUUUUUGUUUCGCUCACGGAGGGAGGAGUAAGAGAUAACGAUUCUGGCGACAGCGGAGUUGUGCACUUAAGGGAAUAUUUUUUAUUCAGGAAUCAUUUGUGUAUUACUUUUGAGCUUCUCAGCAUAAACCUUUAUCAUUAUUUAAAAAUUAAUUCCUUUAAAGGAAUGUCACUUGGAGUGAUUCGAAAUCUUGCCCAUCAGUUAUUGACUGCAAUAAAGCUGAUUCACGGUUUAAAUAUUAUCCAUUGCGACCUCAAGCCUGAAAAUAUAUUAUUGAGGAAUUUAAAUGACACUUUAAUUAAAAUCAUUGACUUUGGAUCUGCUUGUUUUGAGCAUCAAAGGCUCUAUAGCUAUAUUCAAAGCAGGUAUUAUCGAGCUCCCGAAGUUAUUUUAGGGCUUGGAUAUUCCAAAGCAAUUGAUAUGUGAUCAUUAGGAUGCAUUUUAGUUGAACUUUAUACAGGAAAUCCUUUAUUUCCUGGGGAUAGUGAACAAGACCAACUACUAUGCUUUAUUGAGCAUCUUAAUGCACCCCCUCAGCAUCUCAUAAAUUUAGCCUCUAAGAGGCUUCUGUUUUUUGAUGAAAAUAAUGAAGUAAUUUUGGUGAAAAAUCACAAAGGAAAAGUACGAAUGCCAGGAACACUAAGCUUAGAAACAGUUUUGAAAGGAGCAGAUGAGCUAUUUAUAGAUUUCAUUAAAAGUAAAAUGUAAUUAGAGUGUCUUGAAUGAGACCCUACUCUUAGAAUAACUGCAUUUCAAGCUCUAAGCCACCCUUGAUUAAUAGAACCGAAGAAAAUUAUGCAUCGGGCAAGUUUAUCUGAAGUCAGAAUUGACAAAUCAAAGCCAAAAGUGCAUAUAGAAAUUGCCUUUGAGUAGCGCGCUAAGCGCCCGAGACUUCCCGAUGAGUCUGGGCGGUGGUUUGACCAGCUGAUGUUGGUCAAACCAGCAUCCAAAAUGAUAAAUUCUUCUCAUAUAGAAGAUUUGUCAAAUUGGAUGCUGGUUUGACCAACAUCAGCUGGUCAAACCACCGCCCAGACUUCAUCGGGAAGUCUCGGGCGCUUAGCGCGCUACUCAAAGGCAAUUUCUAUAGAAUUAAGCGACUAAGAAUAGGGCAGCCUGGGAAACAUUUCAAGCAGCAAUCGCUGUCUUCUCGAUAUAACGUACCUUAUUACCCAUCAUAUAUCGUUUAA